GCACCUCGACACGAUCGAAACGACACUCACGCUGCUUGAAGCAAUGGAAAAACUGAGUCCGCACGUUGAGCCCAUGAGGAAGGACGUCCUGGUAAAGAAGAAGUGGUGCGAGAGGAAGUUGGAGAAGCUGCGAUCUAUUCGGAAGAUUGGCGGCGGGGAGAGCGAGGCGGAGGCGGGGAAUGAUUGGGGAAGGGAGACGUGAGGAUGCUGUUUUUCGUUUCACGGCGGCGGGUGGCAGCAUGUGUGUGACCUUGCAGCGAGAGGAGGAUGUGAAUGACGUCGCACGUGAAGAACCGUAUUUUAUCCUUCAAUGCAAUCUCCUCCCACGGUGUUACACCACUUGCGAGACACAUAAAACUAGGACCUUGCUCGCUACUCUUCCCCUCUCUCUCACCAAUACCUGUAUAUAUAUAUCGAAGCCAGAAUCCACAUCGAUCCCCUACACAACAUCUCUACUAGCAUCACAUAAGCGAUACGAAAUUACCAUGGGCGGCAAUACUAGCAAACCAUGCUAUAGCUUCUCCUGCUGGGACAAGCGCAGCAUCGACAUCCCGCACGAUGAGGUCCUCGAUGACUUGUACGGAAGCUGGGCUUCCUACGCCUUCUUCGUUCUGCUCCUCAUCUUGAUCGGUGCGGUUGGAUAUCUUGCUUGGGCUGUGAGGCAGGACGCGAAUGAGCGGCGGAUCUUACGACGGUGGAGGCAGGGGUUUGAGGCGAAUAUGGCACAAAAGAACAAGAUCGAGAAAAUCGAAGACCUGUUCGCUCAGCUAAAGAUAGAGGCGGGAGAUGAAGGAAAGUCCUCAAACACCAAUGAUCACAAUAUCACCUCAGUGACACGCGCCCCUGCAUCGGACUCAGACAAGAUGAAUGCCGACGAGAACGAGGACGGAAUGCCCCGGCUCAUGGAGAGGAGUAGCGUGCCCCGGUGGGAGUGGCUUGACGGGCUGAUAGCCAAACUUAAGGGAAGCGAAGAGAGUGGAGCAGAUGUGGCCGAUAUCCAAGAGUUGCGCAAGAGCGCGGCCCAUGCGGCCCCGACGACCGCUUCUCUCCUAACCGGCAUCGCAGACAUCCUCGAGUUUGAAAUGCUACACUUCGCUCCAGAUUAG